AUGUUCAUCGAAGGACUGCGAGAAUACAAUCGACUAUACAACUCGCACCUCGAGGCAUUCCGAAAUGAGAACAUCAGCGAAAUGACAGAAGACAGCAUCCGCCAACAUCAGAUGUCGAAUCCUCCGAUGAUGCUCGCAGCUCGACUCCAGAUCAAAUCUCGCACGACCAGGAUUGACGUUGAUUGCUGGACAUUCGGCGGCAGUGCUUUCCCAUACCGUGAAAGCCCGCCCAAUGCUCUUUGCUUCCUGUGA